GUGAUGAACCAGACCCAGGUCACCGAGUUCCUCAUUCUGGGAUUCUCAGAAACACCUCGGCUGCAAAUGCUGUUCUUCCCCACCUUCCUCCUCCUCUACAUGGUGGCCCUCUCCGGAAACCUGCUCAUUGUGAUGGUCAUUGGCUCCAGCCCUGCCUUACACACCCCCAUGUACUUCUUCCUGACCAACCUGGCUGUGGUGGACAUCCUCUGCACCUCUACAAUCCUGCCCAAGCUGCUGGGCAGCAUGGUGGGUGACAGGACCAUCUCCUAUGGAGGCUGCAUUGUGCAGCUUUUCUUCUUCACAUGGUCCCUGGGGGCUGAGCUACUGCUGUUCUCGGCUAUGGCCUAUGACCGCUAUGUGGCCAUCUGCUGGCCCCUGCGCUACAGCACUCUCAUGGACUCCCGGGUGUGCAGGCUCUUGGCAGUGGCUGUGUGGACGGUCAGCCUGACCAACACUAGUGUGAACACGGGCCUCCUGCUGCGCCUGCCUUUCUGCCACUCCAACGUGGUCGAGCACUUCUUCUGCGAGAUCCCGCCUCUGCUGAAGCUUUCCUGUGCCCCGACACACCUGAAUGAGGCCAUGGCCUUCACUGCGGAUGUGAUCUUGGCCUUGGGGAACUUCUCUGUGAUCAUGCUCUCCUACGGCUGCAUCAUCGCCAGCAUCCUGCGCAUCCGGUCAUCCUCAGGAAAGCGGCGGGCCUUCUCCACCUGCUCCUCCCAUCUCCUGGUUGUCUCCUUGUACUACUGUACCGUCAUCUACACCUACAUCCGCCCAGCAUCCAGUUACUCUCUGGACAAGGACAAGGUGGUGUCUGUGAUCUACACUUCUGUGGCACCAUCCUUGAACCCCCUUAUCUACUCCUUGAGGAACACGGAGGUCAAAGCAGCCCUCCGGAGGCUGCUCUCCUGA